UUGGUGCGCCAACUUCGAUAGGUUACACAAUGCGGCUUGUUUUUACGGGAAAUUCUGUUUUUAAACGCCUGCUGCACACGGAGAUUGCCGGAAAGUAUGCCAAGCAACAGCCGCGGAACCUUAAGGGCCGGAGCAAGAGCUCCCAGGAGUGGCUCACGCGCCAGCUGGCGGAUCCGUAUGUGGAGAAAGCCCGCAUGAUGAACUAUCGCUGCCGGAGUGCCUUCAAACUGAUGGAGAUUGAUGACAAAUACGGAAUUCUGCGGCCCGGAGACACACUUCUGGACUGCGGAGCAGCACCUGGAAGCUGGACGCAGGUGGCCGUGGAGCGGACCAAUGCCAAUGGAAAGCAGGAACGUGCGCCACAGGGAGCCGUCUUCAGCAUCGACCUGUUGCAUUUCCAUGCUGUGCCGGGUGCCACAAUCUUUGGCGGCAUGGAUUUCACCUCCUCCCUGUCACAGAAACGCCUGAAGGAGUCGUUGAAGGACAGAAAGGUGAACUGCGUGCUGUCGGACAUGGCGCCCAAUGCCACUGGUGUAAGGAUGUUGGACCAGGAGAGCAUUACGAACCUCUGCUACGAGGUACUUCGCUUUGCCCUGGCUAUGUCAGCCCCGCAUGCCCAUCUGGUGGUCAAGGUGUGGGACAAUGGGGAUGUGCCCAAGCUAGAGCGGGAUAUGCUCAGGUUUUACGAGAAGGUGAAGCGCGUGAAACCGCGCGCCAGUCGCGGAGAUUCUGCCGAGCACUUCCUGGUAGCCAGGAACUUUAAUGGUACACCGGAAAGUUAAGCAAAUAUAGCCUAACUCAACUUAGAUUAAGCCCAGUUUUUAAAAACUUGUUAGAUCUUUUGUUUUUUUUAAAACGCUGUUGUUAAUUCUACUAUGCCUUCAAUUUAAAAUAAGAAUUGAGUGAGUUUUCGUUAUAAUUUAUUCUAAAAACUUUGUAACCUUUAGAUAUGAAGAUUAAAGGGGAGUACUUUGAUCUCAACUGUCCUAUACAUAUUUAUUUAAAAACUCAACCCGAUGUGUUCAAGACAGAUUUAAUUAAAAUAUAGAGGAGACUAAUUGUAUAGACUACUCUAA